AUGAAAACUGUUGUGAUUGUUUUGCUGGCUACUAUUGCCUUUGGCACCUGCCGAGGAGGUCAACCAGGUGACGACACGGAGGAAGUUUAUGUAGUCGACUACAACCCAACUGGAGGCGAUAUCGGCGACAAGGGAGACUACGGUGGCGGCCGAGGGGGAUUCGGUGGAGGCCAUGGCGAACAGGGGGGAAUCGAUGACAGCCAAAUCGGACAAGGCGGUUUCGGGCGCCAGUGUCGUUCAAGUGGUUUCGCAGGAGGCACAGGUGGCCGGGGCGGUGCCGCGGGUUCAGCUAGUUUAGGUGGCUCCGGAGGUCAUGGAGGUGCAGGGGGGGCUGGAGGUGCAGCAGGCCCGGGGGGGCCGGGAGGCGCAGCAGGUGCCGGCGGGGCUGGAGGCGCAGGAGGUGCCCGGGGGCCGGGAGGUUCUGGAGGUGCCGGGGGGAAGGGAGGUGCGGGAGGUUCCAGGGGGCCGGGAGGUGUAGGAGGUGACGGAGGAGCGGGAGGGGCCGCAGGUCCCGGCGGGGCGGGCGGUAGAGGAGGUUCCGGGGGGCAUGGAGGUAAUGCAGGUUUUGGGGGGGCGCCGGGAGGUCACGGAGGUGCCGGCAUGCCAGGAGGUGCAGGAGGUUCAGGAAACCCUGGAGCUGCAGGAAGUCCGGGGCAGCCGGGAACUGCAGAUGGUGUUGGGGGGGCGGGCGGUGCAGGAGGUGCAGGAGGAAGUGGA